ACGAACAUGUUUUUUUUUUUCGCAAUUAGAUUGUUACACGGCAAUUACUUUAUAUGCGUUACUACUUUCGCUUUUUAACUGUGAUACGUCAGUGGUCAUUUGCUUUACGUACGCGAAAGACUGUUUUUAAAGCUUGCGGUCGCUAUUAUAAAAAUUUCACAAAAAAAAAAUGAUUUUACAUAUUUUAAGUUUGUUUGUAUUGUUUUCGUGUUAUUGUGACGGUUCAUUUUUUGAACCCCCCUGUACUAGUCCCAUAUUUUGUUACGGUGAUCUACUGAAAAACGUCCAAUUACUGGAGGCUCUCGUAGAUCGAAGAGCGUUUUUCGCCCUUAAAAUGAAAUAUUCUGAAAAGCAGAUUCUCGAAGACUUCGAACUCUUGCACGAAUCAAAAAAUUUGACUAAGGAGAAUGUGCGCGAUUUUGUUGCGGCUCAUUUUGAAGACUCGAAUGCUAUAAUGCAUGCCACCGCUACAGAUUAUCGAGUUGAUCCGCCGUUUUUGAAGGAAAUCCGAAAUGACACCUUAAGGAAAUUCGCUAAUGACUUGCAUCAAUUGUGGCCCAAGUUGACCCGAAAAUUCCGAAAAGAAGUUUUGGAUGAUCCCUCGCCGUAUAGUUACAUUCCCGUUCCGAACAAUUUUUUGGUCCCCGGAGGAAGAUUUAGUGAAUAUUAUUACUGGGACUCUUAUUGGAUCAUUGAGGGACUUCUCAUAUCCGACAUGUAUGACACUGCACGUGGAAUUAUCGAUAAUUUUAUACAUCUGGUCCGGAAGUUUGGUUUCGUGCCCAAUGGCGGGAAAAUAUACUACUUGAAUCGGUCACAGCCGCCUCUAUUAACAUAUAUGGCCUAUGCUUACUUCAAAGAAACGCACGAUAUAAGUUGGCUUAAAAAAAAUAUCGAUUUUGUCGCACUCGAACUGCAGCAUUGGCUUAAAAAGAAGUUAAUUUAUGUGGAUACCCCCGACGGUGUUUUGGCUUUAGCUCAACACUUUGUUCGGUACUCUGGGCCCAGACCAGAAUCAUAUUUAAACGAUUAUAAUGCGGCAAAAGUGUGGAAAUCAGAGGUAAGACGCGAACAAGCUUACAUGGAGUUGAAGAGUGCUGUAGAAACUGGGUGGGACUUCUCAACCCGCUGGAUGUUUGAUCAGGAAUCUGGAAACGUAUCCUUAAACAUAUCGAACAUUCAAAUGCACCGUCUUAUUCCUGUUGAUCUAAAUGCUUACUUAUGUGGUGCUUUUUUUAAAAUUGCUGAACUCUACCAGAUUGUCGGUGAUGAAAGAAAAGGUGAACAAUGGAAGUCGAAGGCUUUAGAGUGGCGCUACAAUAUUGAUAAGAUCAUGUGGAACUCUACUGACAAUAUCUGGUACGAUUACGAUACAGAAUCUCGAAGUCAUAGAACAUUAUUUUAUCCCAGUAACGUUUCUCCUUUAUGGGCAAAUUGUUACGCUGACAAUCCACACUACAACAGUGAAUUGGGACGACUGGUCCUCGAUUAUUUGAAGAGAGAAGGAGUGUUGGACUUUGUUGGAGGGGUGCCAACUUCUUUAAUCCACUCUGGGCAACAAUGGGACUUCCCCAACGCCUGGCCGCCUUUACAGCACUUGGUGGUUUACGCAUUAUUAAAUUCAGGAAACCCAGAUGCUAUGGAAGAAGGACAAAAUUUAGCUAGUAAAUGGAUCGAUGGGAAUAUGUUAGGUUUUUAUAAACAUGGAGAAAUGUUUGAGAAAUAUGACGCCCGCGAAGCAGGACUUUAUGGUGGUGGCGGAGAAUACCCGGUACAAGCAGGAUUCGGUUGGAGUAAUGGUGUUGUGCUAAAGUUCAUUUACGAUUUUUUUUGACGAAAAUUGUUUUUAGUCAUUAAAAUUAA